UCUAAAUGCCUCCUAUCUUCAGUUUUAUCUCUUUGUAUUCUGUUUCCUGGCUCCUGCGAUUCUGGUUUUGGCCUUCUUCUUUGUUUCUGAUCUGAAAUACACAUAAAUUCUUGGCCUUUGUUCAUCAACUUGCUUCAAAUUUGCAUAUAAAGCAGGUUUCUUGCUGAUUUUGAAAUGGGAUUUCCCAACUCAUUUCAAGAACUGGUGGAUUCAGGCUCUUGAUCAUGGGGAUUCACUCUUCAGACAAGACCAUGGACGCUCGUUCGAUGGCCAACGGUCUGUCCGGAAACGGAAACGGCUACUAUGGCUCAAGACACAACUCGUACCAACCGGGACCAAAGGUAUCUCUAUCUUGGCUUGAUUUACGAGUUUUCUACAUCCGAAUUAGCAAAUGCGAUAUCAACGAUGAAUCAACCUCUGAAUAUCUAACACUUAACCAUGUGCCACUUAACCGCGAUACUUUACUUGAAGUUAAUGGGGUUAGAUCUAGCAUACACUCCGAUGGCUCGUCGACCCUUCUUAGAAGAGACCGAUUAGAUAAGAAAUCCGAGGAAGUUACAUUCGUUAGUACCGAUAGUCUUAGGACAACGGGAAGUUUGAAGUUUGAGGUUUUCGAUAAGGAUGUUCUUCUGGUUUCCGGGGUUCUUGAUUUGUGUCAUAGUAACGGAGUUCAUGGUGAAUCGAGUGAUUAUACGGGUAGAUGGAGGAUGGAAUGUGAAACGGAUAUGGUUUCCGGAAACGGGUUUUUGAACGGAAAACAAAACAUGGGGCAUGAAGUGGAUCCGCCGUCGCUUGAGGUUUGUUUGGCCGGGAGUUUCGCCGGAAAUCCAAUCAUCUUGACGAAGACUUUAGAACUCGGUUACCGGAAGAAGCAAACGAGAAAAGGAUUGCUUGAAGCCAUACCGGAAAAUGAAGCCAUGGCGAAUGAGGAAGAAGGCUCGUCUGGCCUUACGUACAAGGUGGCGGAGUACCCAACCUACAAGCCAGAAGACGAGUAUCAUAGCCAUUACUCGGGGAUGGAAUACAUUGAAGGUGAAGACGGAGAGCUAUCAUGGUUCAACGCUGGAGUACGAGUGGGUGUCGGGAUUGGUAUGAGCGUUUGUUUGGGGCUCGGUAUCGGUGUGGGGUUACUGGUCCGAACAUACCACGGUACAACCCGAAACUUGAGAAGGGGACUUCUUUGAUGUGCAAAAAAUCAACAAGAGUUGCAUGAAAUGAAAGGAAAGUGAGGAGGAGUUUUGUAGCAUAUUUAUGUGAUGUUGAUGUUGGUAGGUAUAGUUUAGUUGCUGACUGUUGUUUAUGUGUAUCACCCUCUUUGUUUUGAUUUUUGUCACCAAAAGGUUGAUAGGAAUAAAAGUUUUUGGUAACCAAAAAGUCUGUUUUCAAUAUGUUUCGAAACCGAAAGCAGCCUAAAAGGCUCGUUGCAGC